UUCGGGAUAAAAGAGAUUAGGAGAACGAACGAGAUCAUUCCGCACCUCGGCUCCCCUCAAAAUUUUGCAUGAUGCCCUCCCCCCUCCUCCUCGUCUCCCUCUCUCUCCUCCUUCCGUCAGCCCUCGCUGCUGCUGACGUAAUCUGCGAGAAUUUACCAAAAAACCAGUGCGCGUUCGCCGUCUCCUCAUCGUCCAAACGAUGCAUACUGGAGAGCUACCGAGGCGUCGGUGCGCAGACAGAGUACGAGUGCGGGACCUCAGACAUCGGCGUCGCGCGAAUCUCCGCUCACGUCGAGACCGACGAGUGCAUCAACAGUUGCGGGGUGGACCGCAACUCGGUGGGAAUCUCGUCGGAUUUGCUUACGGAGCUUCGGUUUCUGGAUAGAUUGUGCUCGCCUGAGUGCUUCCAGCGUUGCGCCAACAUUAUUGAUCUCUAUUACAAUCUUGCUGCUGCUGAAGGAACACCUCUUCCUGAACUUUGCCAGGCCCGCCAGUUCGGUGCAGCUUCUGGGCCUACUAAUAGUCCGGUCUCUAGUCCAAUAGGUUCUCCAAACGCAAGCCCAAAAUACAACCCAAUGGGCUCUCCUAAGGCCAGUCCAACUGAGAGCUCAUUAGGCUCUCCCAAAGCAAGCUCAAUUGGCAGCCCAUCGGGUCCUCCAAAAGAAAGCCCUAAAGCUAGCACGUUGGCCUCCCUGAAAGCCAGCCCAACUGACAGCCCAUUGGACACUCCGACCAACAAACCAAUUAGCAGCCCGUUGGACUCAGCAGAAGAUGAUAGUGCUUCCGAGGCUCCUGCUAUUGAUGAUGGAGAUGGUGCGGAUCCUGAGCAGGAUGACAAUGACGUGAUUGCUUAAGUCCCAAUAUUGGUUAUUUUCAAUUAUGAUGCACAAUGUUUAUACAUGAUAUGUAUUAUUGUAAUUAUAUGAAUAUUAAUGAUUUAA